AUGAAAGCUAUGGGCCUUUUCCCGCUCGUCGUAUGCACCGCAUCUACUGGUGCCUUUCAGGUGAUGGACAUACAAAGCAGGGGAGCGGCCGAUACUCUACGUGAGUCUAUGCACACAUCGUACGUUGCCGAAGUCAGCCGUCGCGUGGCGUUAAUCACGGCGGCAUCUUUCGCUGCUGGUGUCGGCCCGGUACAGGCAACUGACAUCGCUAAAACGGCCAGAAAGAUCGAGAAGGAGCUAGCGGGCAAGGCGAAUUCAAAUGGCGCUCCCGAAAAGCACUUGCCGAAAGUCACUAUUUCGGACACGGGGACGGUAGAGAUUGUUGUUCCCCAUGUCAUGGAUCCUGUAAAGCCCCAUUUUAUUGAGUUGGUCUGGCUAAAGAAUAUGCAAUCCGACAAGAUUGUCGCUGCGAAAGCUUUCUCCGCGAGCGAUACAUCCCCUCCCACACUUAUUACAGCAUCAGUUCCAAAAGGAGUAGAGUUAAAGGCAAUGCUUUUUUGCAAUCUUCACGGACUCUGGGAAGGGGACAGUUUCAGUGUUUGAAGCAAUUUGGUAGCGGGUCGCAGUAGACGCGAGGACUUCUACAAUAAAACCUUCGCGGAAUGUGGAUCUCAUCAUUUGUAUUAAGAAUACUUCGGUCGUUCACCCAGGAAAAUUGGCUUAUCGUAGUCCCGUUCAGAUCGUCUGCCACUCAUGGUGACAAUAUGGAUAAAUCCAUUUGCCAUGCACAGUUAUAUUCCGAGAAAAUACGCUAAAGGGGAUGGGAAAAGGUGAUAAACUCAUUCCUGCCAAUCCAGCCACCUGAAAAGCUGGUCGGCGCUAUUGUCCCUUCGUUCCACAAGCGAUGGUUGAAUCGGAUGAUAUCAUCUUUGCCGAACGCGCCGAAAUUCUCGCCGCUGAUUUACAGCCCAAAUUAACCAAGUAGCAGGUCGUCGACCCGACAAAUUGCCAAUAAUCAAGGCCUUCUUUCGCUUUUGAGAGAGGCCGGACAAAAUCAAACUACUCCUUGUCGUGGAGC